AUGCCACAAUAUAUAAUGGAAAGAUUACAACCAUCUCAGUCUGAAUCAGAACUACCACACUUAUAUUAUAAUCCUAAAGAUCACAAAAUAGGAGAACCUUUAAGGCCAAUUGUAAGUGAAAUAAAAUCCCUGUUGGCAAAAUUGUCUAGUUUCUUGGGCAAAAUCAUAUGUCCACUGUUCGAUAAACAUACUCACUAUGCACUUUCUAAUUUGAUAACAUUUUUGAAACAUUUAAAAAAAUUUAAAACAACAACAGAAACAAAUCUAUACACGUUCGAUAUCACAGAUUUGCAUACAAUGAUUCCGCAAAAAGAAGCGGUAUUAUCUAUAUGUGAAUUUUUAGGAAGACAUGGAUACCAAAAAAUUCAUGGUCUAUCAAUAAAUACGAUAAAAACUAUGUUCUUACAUGUAUUAGAGAAUUCAUAUUUUGUACUACAACUACCAGGAAUGAAACCAAAAUUUUAUCAACAAAUUCGAGGAGGAGCAAUGGGUUCAGCCUGCACUCAAGUGCUUGCUGGUGUCUAUGUGAAAAAAAAUGGGAGAGUAAAUUUGUAG